AUGUCCGCCGCUGUCGCCCCGGCCUCGUCGCCGCAGACGCUCGAGAAGAAGCCCAUCAAGUUCUCGAACUUGCUGCUGGGCGCCGGGCUCAACAUGUUUGAGGUCACCACCCUCGGUCAGCCCCUGGAGGUCACCAAGACCACCAUGGCCGCUCACCGUGGCGAUGGCUUCGCGACAGCUUUGGGCCGCAUCUGGAACCGUGGCGGUCUCCUCGGCUUUUACCAGGGUCUGAUUCCUUGGGCCUGGAUCGAAGCGUCGACCAAGGGCGCCGUGCUGCUCUUUGUCGCCUCUGAGGCCGAGUACUAUGCCCGUGUCGCGGGCGCCAGCGAGUUCGGAGGCGGCAUCAUUGGCGGCGUGUCGGGCGGUGUUGUUCAGGCAUACGCGACCAUGGGCUUCUGCACCUGCAUGAAGACGGUCGAAAUCACCAAGCAUAAGGUGGCUGCGGCCGGCCAAAAGACCCCCGGCACCUGGGCCACCUUCAUGGACAUCUACCGCCGUGAGGGUAUUCGUGGCAUCAACAAGGGCGUCAACGCUGUCGCCAUCCGCCAGAUGACCAACUGGGGCUCCCGCUUCGGCCUGAGCCGUCUUGCCGAGCAGGGCAUCCGCCGCGUCACCGGCAAGGAGCACGGCGAGAAGCUGAGCGCCGUGGAGAAGAUCACCGCCUCGGCUCUUGGUGGUGGUCUGUCCGCCUGGAACCAGCCUAUUGAGGUCAUCCGUGUUGAGAUGCAGAGCAAGAAGGACGACCCCAACCGCCCCAAGAAGAUGACUGUCGGCAACACUUUCAAGUACAUCUAUGAAAGCAACGGUAUCAAGGGCCUGUACCGCGGUGUGGCCCCCCGCAUUGGACUCGGCGUCUGGCAGACCGUCUGCAUGGUUGCCCUGGGUGAUAUGGCGAAGACUUAUGUUGAGAAGUUGACGGGCGAAAAGGUCACGGCUAAGCAUUAG